CCUUCAGCUUAACAAAAACAAAUCAUCAACCUUGCGUUGGUAGCGACAUGUCACAAACUCAAACAUACCAAAUUCAAAAUUCUCAUUUUAUGCGUUUUGAAUGUGAGCUGUCUAAGGAGAAUCCAAGAGACAGCCACCACCUUAUCGUCUUCUUCACUCACUUUCUUUAACCAACAUUCUAGGGAGAGAAAAUCGACAAAACCUCGCGCAGCAUUUUGAGGAUUCUCGAUCUUCGGCUCAGAGUAUGGUGGGUAUAUUUCCAAGAUUUUCUGCCAGUAAAGCUGGGCAUAGAAGAUCUCAAAGUGCACUUGAUCAAAGGGAAGUAGUAAUGCCAAGGAGAUUGGAAGCGACCGGGGGUGUAACGGUUGUUGAUGGAGUUGCCUCUGCUGCCACUUAUGGUAUCGAACUUAUGAUUGAGUUUAAGCCGGUUGAACACCCAACCGAGCCUCUUGACAACGAUAGACCAAUUCAAUGUCCAUUGCCAGAGCCUUCUAUACUUAAUGAUGGAAGAAUAUGGAAGGACAUAGUUUCCACAGUGCAAAGGAGGGGGGAUUUGGGGGCUAGAGAGGAGGCAGGGAGAGGUGGGAUGAAACCUACACCUCCUUCUAACCCAACCAUUCAUCCCUCAAUUAGUGCACCAGAACAUAGCAUCCUUAAAUUACUCGAGGAAUCUGGGAUUUAGCCAUGGAAUCUAAUAUUGCUCUCUCAACACUUCAUUUCCUCUUCAUACUACACAAUAAAAACCCCGUGUUAAUUCUCUUGUCUUCUAUCACAGAUUCUAAAUAAUUUGUUGAGAUCAUCUGGUCAUGUAUAUAUAGGGAAUUUUUAUAAUGCAAUAGUAUUUUGUGCUCUUAACACA